ACUAAGAUGUCAUUUUAACGCCAUAGACACCUGUCAGUUCACAAUUAUCCAUUCAAUGUUCAUGUUAGCGAUAAACAAGGAAGCAAGAUAGCUCGGUUCCGCUUCAAGCUAUUUCUCUCUUAAACGAAAACAUUUAGAGUUUAUAUUAUCCGACGUGCUCAGAGUCAAAUACAAAAGCUACAACACAACGAAACAACAACAAAAGUGUCGACUUAUAACGACUCAGAAACAUCAUAAAAGCAACAUUGAAUAGUGUUGCCACAUGUUAGGGACUGCAUAAUAUUCAUUAGGAGGUGGUAGAAAUGUGUCAAAAAAUCUAAAAAGGAUUCAGGCGCUGCUUAGCUUGGGGCUUAGGAAAUCUCCAUCAAAAAGCUACAGUUUUAAUAGGCUUCCAGGGAUCCUGCUAAUGUUGUUAUUCACUCCCAAGCCUGUCUGGCGCCAUCACGUCGUUUAACCGUUKUCAUCAAUGUGGUGCUUUUUUGGGCCGUAGAAACAUCGCACAAGAAGCAAACAGGAAACGAAGAAACAGCUAAAUUAUCAUUUAUAUCGAGGACCUGGACUUUUAUGCGUCCAAGGAGCCCAAGGAAAAACUACCCAUCCACUGACGCUAUCGACCGCAAUCCRCUGAUACUCCUGGCUCAGAAAUGAAUAAUUCAAURCMAAAUACGGAAAUCAAUCCCAGUCCCACCAACAUCGUGGCAGCCAUAUUGGUUGGUAUUCUUGUCGUCCUGACACUUAUCGGAAACAUCUUGGUGUGCGUGAGUUUCUCACUCUUCGCUGACUUAAGGACUAUUUGUAACUAUUUUGUAGUGAGUUUAAGUUCUGCAGACAUUCUUGUUGCUCUUGUUGCCAUGCCAUUUUGGUGUGGUCUGCAGAUAACGAGUAACCGAUGGAUAUUUGGGAUGGAGUUACAAUUGUUUUGGACAUGCAUGGAUAUUCURUGUGGAACGGCGUCUAUUAUGAACYUGAUGGCYGUCAGUAUUGACAGACACUUUGCUAUUACGAUGCCAUUUUUCUACGAAAACAAGAUGUCUCCGAAAAAAGCUAUUGUUAUCAUAUGUCUCGUUUGGGUCUACGCCACGGUCAUUUCUGCCCUACGUCUUCUCCAGUGGAAUGGAAACCAGUACAUGAAUGUUGUCGCAUUUGGCAGCUUUUUCUGUCCGCUGGUCAUAAUGAUCRUCAUGUACUUGCGGAUAUAUUUGGUUGCUAAGAAACAAGUCAGGCGUAUUGGUAGGAAUUUCAUGAGUGACGUCAAGGCUGCCAAGACUAUUGCUGUUGUGAUUGGUGCAUUUGUCAUAUGCUGGAGUCCGUUCUUUGUCAUUGUUCUUCUUUUUGCGCAUAACUCGCGUUUCUUCGUCUCCAUGACAACGCUCAACGUCAUCAAAUGGCUUGAAUAUCUCAAUUCUUGUUUAAACCCAGUAAUUUAUACGUGUCUGAACCGUAGCUAUCGUAGAGCGUUCCGCAAGCUUUUCAUACGUGUCGUUCGUUUCCAUCGACAAAGAGCCUCAAGUACGAGCAGCCAACGAACGAUUCGCACAAAUUCUGAUUCCGCAAGCCUUACGUACGACCAUAAACGGAAACGCAGAGCUAGUUCUCUUCUUGGUGAAUGCAUCGGGCAACGUUGAUGCGUACAAUAAGUGUACGCUUGUCGUUCGUUUGCGCAAGUCAUAUAUCCGUCCAGAAACGAAACUUAAAAAUUUCUUCGUAUGAAUUCAUACAUUUUUCAUGCGUACUUUUCUGUCAGUUUCUGCAAAGCUUACGCAGAACUUUAAAUGGAAGCGUAAUASAAGUUGGCGAAUGUUAUACACAURCGUACGUCGUCAGCUUUCAUGCAGUCAUAAAUCGACACGCGAAACAAGUUUUAUUGCUUAAAACUUCUCACUUGACGAAUGCCUUCAUCACAACUGACAGUCGUGUACUCUUAAUAACCAUCCGUGAGGSUUUAGUAAAAUCAUUCGUGAGAGGAAAAAACAUCAACUUCGUCAUUGGUCAUUUCUGGUCACUGCUGACGGACAUGCUAUUAAGCGARCCCUAUGUUCUAGAAACAAUUAUUUUGGUAAAUUGAGGUUGGCURUACUGUCAGGCAAACUCAAAGCAUCAUACCCAACUACACGCGACUCUACACAGCGUUUGCAUCAGUGCUUGUAACGGGCUUGKUAUUCCUUUUCCUUGUAUCAUAAAAACAUGUCUUGGAAAUAUUCCUCGAAUUCUUCUUCCCUAAAAUGAUGUAAGAUAAAUGAGAAACAUAUCAUUUAUAGCAGCGAGGUUUACACACUCAAUUGCAGAGUAUAUGAGGUACAUUAGGAUCACAAUAUUAAGAUGUACAUGGUGAAAACUAGCGGUUAACUAGUGUGAGCUGCGUCGGUGUUUCUUAAGAAACAGUUCUGUAAAAAAGAUUAAUUAAACACCGUAAAAAAGUAUGCGAAAUAACUUAAUGACGUUUCGGACGUUAACCCUAUACGUUGGAUUCCUAGUCCAUCUCUUCACCCCGACGAAGGAUUAACGUCCGAAACGUCAGUAAGUUAUUUCGCCUACUAUUUUUACGGUAUUAAAUUUAUCUUUUUACACAACUGUUUCAUAUUAUUAAGGAGUAUUUCACAUUGUGAAAACCUACUCUUAACAUAGAAACAUAAUAAAAAAGAACAUAU